AUGGUUCUGCGUUUAUGGCUUUCACUUCACGCCGUUCCUUUAACUGCGGUUUGGUGUAAAUGUGCCCCGGAUUACUACUAUGAUGGACUUGUUGAAGAGUGUAAACAUUGCUCAACCAGGUGUAAUUCACCACCACACAUUUGCACAACCUUCUGUACCUCAUGUAAGUCAUCAUCAAACGAAUCUCAAGAGAGCAAUAAUGUUCAGCUGAUACUGGUCCUGCUGUUUGCGUUUGUAUGUGCCUUCUCUGCGCUGACGGUGAUUGUGCAGGUCUUACGCAAAAAGACAUGCCAGGAACUGCCAUGCAAAGAGCCGGUCGAAACGUCUGAGGGCGAAAGAAGCUGCGAUGAUAGCGAGCAAACCGAGGUGGCAGAGGCGGCUGCUACUGAAAACGGACUAGCUGACCCCGAACAGGAAACAGCUCAGACUCACUACAAUUCUAGCCUUCCUGUUCCCUCAACAGAGGAAGGUACCACUGCUCUUGUCACCACAAAGACUGUGCAAAUUCAUAAUUGUACAGCACGCCACAUAGAAGACGUGACUUUAAACAUCUGGAGAUCUGGUUUCAUACAAUGA